AGUUUUUACCAGAGGAGGUUGGCGCCUGGACUGCUGGUGUACGUAAGAUCAUGGAUUCCCAUGGGUGGACCUCUGGACACCUCUUGGCUCGUGUUCACAAGAAGUGGGCUCUUGGGGAAAUGGUGCAGCUUGAAUGCCUUAUAAACGGAGCUAACGGUAUCUGGGCAAGCAUUUGUGAGGAAGGAGCUGCUCUUGGUCACGCAUGUUCUACAGUCACGAUGAUGAACCUCGUCCGAAUGGGGAACAAAAAGGUCCUAAAACGCUACAACUGCCCCGCCCUAAGGGAUGCUGCAUCUAACGUGACUAAGAUCACCACUGGCCUUCCACCCCAUCCCAAGCAAGUCAUCUAUGGCGACAGGGCGCUGGACUUAGCGUUUGACUUUGGAAGCAUAGCAGGUGGAACUGUUAGGGAAACCGACUUUGACCUGGCUGAGUUCUUUGGAGAAGAAGCCCCCGUGAGGAUCAGUACACUUGCUACCGAGCGUAUGAUCCAGGAAAGGCUUGAAGAUCUGUUUGGUAAGGAUCGGAAGUUUACUAAGACAAUGGCUGCUGCAAUGAAGGAACAAAUGAUCAAAGACCUAAAGGGCAACACCAAAGAAGAAUAUAUGAGUGCAGCCGGCAUCGCCAUGUUGUUUGAUCGAUCAGGAGGAAAACUCACUACAGAGAUGUCAGAAGUUAUUGCAAAAGUCGAUGUGGAGAGUGUACACGCCCAAAAUCUCAUUGAAGAGGUUCGUAGUAUAUGGAACGAGUGGGACAUCAAGGAAGAAGAACAAAAUGACGAUCAGCUGAUGUUCUGCUCCUUCUACAACGGGUUCAUGGCUCCUUACUUUGGAUGCUUCAUGUGCGAUGACACACAGAAGGCCUUGCAAGCUAUCAACAUGGAUAAUGAUGGAUACAUCGACUGGAAUGAAUUCCUGGUGUAUCUCAAGUGGGCGAUGCGUCAAUAUCCCAACAUCAAAGACGUCGAUGAACUGUUAAGUGUCGCCUUCAACAAGGGAAUCAUACCCGCCAUGCGAGAUGAAGUACUUAGCAGAAAAGGGAAAGCCAGUCGGGGAAAGAAGUUCAAGUCCCAAACCUGCUGCCAUGCUUAAACUUGCAAUUCAUGUCAUUGGGUUUAUUUAAAUAUAUUAUCAGUCGACAUUGGAAAUAUGGUGAAUUGAUCGGUAUAAGUUUAGCUGUAGGUGCGAUUUUUCCUUCGCAAACUUGUUGUUAGGGCUUAAGGUUCACGUUUAUUUUAAGGUCAUAAUCACGCGUCUGUACUAGUCACUGGUGUAUCGCUCGAUUAAAAUAAAUAUACGUGAUUGUGA